ACAUAUAACGUAUAUUAACUUUACUUGCAAAUGGGUUGGUACGUCGUUAAGUUUGCAAAUGAAGAUACGGUUGAAGCAAUACCAAAAUCUUGGUACUUAAAAAAUACAAAAGAAUGCAAUUGGCCCUCAUCGCAUUGGACUUCAAGGAAAAUUAAUGAAUUUAUAAAAUUCAAGAAAACGCCAGAAUCUGAUUGGAAUCUUCAUAAAGUUGACAUUUUAGGUAGCUAUGAAGAUCUAUCUGUUGCUCAACGGAAAGCAAAUAAGGCUAAAUAUACGUCUGAUCUUUCGUCGCAAAAUGAUAAAUGUAGGAAACAACAUAGUAAACCAAAAGGGAAAAGAAACAAAUCGACGAAGUAUUUGUCUGACAAUGACUCUUCUGAUUUGUCACAGUAUGAAUCAGAUAUUAAUAGUUAUCCUCCCACAAGCCCUCUUAUAUCAAGUGAUGGAAACUUAGUUCAAAAUAUACCAACCGAGGUUGUAACUAAAUCGACCGAAUGUAACAUUCCUCGAAAUUUUGAUGCUGGUAAAUUAACACUUUAUUAGUACAUUUUGUAUCAAAAACGGAAAAUGAUACUUAAGGGGAUCC